CUGCAGAAGCUGACGGGUCGCCUCAUGCUGGCCGUGGGAGGGGCAGUGCUCGGCUCCCUGCAGUUUGGCUACAAUACUGGAGUCAUCAAUGCCCCACAGAAGGUGAUUGAGGAGUUCUACAACCAGACGUGGAUCCACCGCUAUGGGGAGAGCAUUCUGCCCGCCACGCUCACCACACUCUGGUCCCUUUCUGUGGCCAUCUUCUCCGUUGGGGGCAUGAUUGGCUCCUUCUCUGUGGGCCUGUUUGUGAACCGCUUUGGCCGACGAAAUUCGAUGCUGAUGAUGAACCUGCUGGCCUUCGUGUCUGCUGUGCUCAUGGGCUUCUCGAAACUGGGCAACUCCUUUGAGAUGCUGAUCUUGGGCCGCUUUAUCAUCGGUGUAUACUGUGGCCUGACCACAGGCUUCGUGCCCAUGUACGUGGGGGAGGUGUCACCCACAGCCCUUCGUGGGGCCCUGGGCACCCUGCACCAGCUGGGCAUCGUCGUGGGCAUCCUCAUCGCCCAGGUGUUCGGCCUGGACUCCAUCAUGGGCAACGAGGAUCUGUGGCCCCUGCUGCUGAGCGUCAUCUUCGCCCCAGCCCUGCUGCAGUGCGUCGUGCUGCCCUUCUGCCCCGAGAGCCCCCGCUUCCUGCUCAUCAACCGCAACGAGGAGAACCGGGCCAAGAGUGGUACGGAGGCAGGGAAGGGCCACAGCGCCUGGCCGAGCCCCAACCAUUUCUCUGUCUGGCAGGUCUUCUAUUACUCCACGAGCAUCUUCGAGAAGGCAGGAGUGCAGCAGCCUGUGUAUGCCACCAUCGGCUCCGGCAUUGUCAACACGGCCUUCACAGUCGUGUCGCUGUUUGUGGUAGAGCGAGCUGGCCGACGGACCCUGCACCUCAUAGGCCUGGCUGGCAUGGCGGGCUGUGCUGUGCUUAUGACCAUCGCACUGGCGCUGCUGGAGCAGCUGCCCUGGAUGUCCUAUCUGAGCAUCGUGGCCAUCUUUGGCUUUGUGGCCUUCUUUGAAGUGGGUCCUGGCCCUAUCCCAUGGUUCAUUGUAGCUGAACUUUUCAGCCAGGGUCCUCGUCCAGCUGCCAUUGCUGUUGCUGGUUUCUCCAACUGGACCUCAAAUUUCAUUGUGGGCAUGUGUUUCCAGUAUGUGGAGCAACUGUGUGGUCCCUACGUCUUCAUCAUCUUCACUGUGCUCCUGAUUCUGUUCUUCAUCUUCACCUAUUUCAAAGUUCCUGAGACUAAAGGCCGGACCUUCGAUGAGAUUGCUUCUGGCUUCCGGCAGGGGGGAGCCAGCCAAAGUGACAAGACACCUGAGGAGCUGUUUCAUCCCCUGGGGGCUGAUUCUCAAGUGUGAGGCGCCCCCCACCACCAGCCCAGCCUGCUCCCAGCAGCCCGAAGGAUCCCUCGGGGGCACAGGCAGCUGGAUGAGACUUCCAAACUCACAGAUCUCAGUUGAGCUGGGCCUGGGGCUCCUCUCUUCAGCCAGCAAUGAUGUCCAGAAGAAUAUUCAGGACUUAAUGGCGCCAGGAUUUUAAGGAAAGCAGGACUGUUGCUCAAAUCUAUUCAGACAAGCAACAGGUUUUAUAAUUUUUUUAUUACUGAUUUUGUUAUUAUUUUUAUAUCAGCCUGAGUCUCCUGUACUCACAUCCCAGGUUUCACCCUGAAUGGCUCAGUGCCUGAGGAUGGGGACUAAGCCCUAUCCAGACACUUGCCUUCUUUGCCAAGCUAAUCUGUAGGGCUGGACCUAUGACCCAAGGACACACUAAUCGAACUCCGAACUCUGAGGCUUCUCUCCCAGGAGAUGGCGGAGGCUACUUUUCUGUGGGCCUGGAUCUCCCUGCCCUAGGGGUCAGGCUCCAUUAGGAUUCGCCCAUUCCAUCUCUUCCUACCCAACCACUCAAAUUAAUCUUUCCUUGCCUGAGACCAGUUGGGAGCACUGGAGUGCAGGGAGGAGAGGGGAAGGGCCAGACUGGGCUGCCAGGUUCUAGUCUCCUUUGCACUGAGAGCCAGACCAUCACCAUGAGAGGAGGGCCCACUGGAGGCUAAGAACUCACUGCUCAAGAAGACACGGACACUCCUGCCCUGCUGUGUAUAGAUGGAAGAUAUUUAUAUAUAUUUUUUGGUUGUCAAUAUUAAAUACAGACACUAAGUUAUAGUAUAUCUGGACAAACCAACUUGUACAUACACAACUUCACUCCUUCUGUUACUUACCUAAACAGAUAUAAAUGGCUGGUUUUUAGAAA